UGCAAAAAUAUAAUUUUAUAUACAAUAAGCUUAUGAAAAUAUAAAUACCCAUUAGGAUUAUGGGUUGAAUCAAUCUUAGAUCAGAUCAAUUACUUUAAUUAUGGGUAAUAGUUUCUGUCGUCAAUAUCUUAGCCCCAUUUUAGAGACAUUAACUGAAGUGUCAAAUCUGGUUCUUGCAACUGCAAUAGGAAUAGAUAUGAUGAGGUGCCAUUUGCCUCGCCGGUCAAUCCCAGGUCGCUUUAGUAAGCCAAAUUAAAUUCUCCGUAGUCUAGGGAUACUCAAAACUGUUAUUUCUAUGCUUUAAUGGAUUUGUUUGAACCGAGUAGUUUGAUCUCAUGCCUUCGGAUAUGUUCCAUGUCACGAAAAAGAUUACUGUUCUCGCGAGAUCCGGUCGCGUCGCCUGCGCACGCAAGCUGUUUGAUGAAAUGCGGCACAGAGACACAAUCGCUUGGAACACGAUGCUUAGUAGCUAUUCUCAGUUGGGCCUUUACCGAGAAGCUCUAUCUUUGUUUCGUGACAUGAGAAUUUCCACUGCCAAACCUGACCAUUUCUCGUUCACGGCUACUUUGAGCGCGUGUGCUGGUGCCUGGGAGCUCCACUGCGGGCAGAAAAUUCACGCCCAGGUGAUUGUAUUGGGAUAUAGUUCUUCGUUGCCGGUGAACAAUUCACUUAUUGAUAUGUAUGGAAAGUGUUUAAGUACUUGUAAUGCUAAUCGAGUGUUUGAGGAGAUGGACGUGAAGAAUGAUGUGUCGUGGUGUUCUCUGUUGUUUGCUUAUGUAAAUGGCAGUCAGUUUGACAUCGCUCGUAUUGUUUUUGAUGCCAUGCCAACAAGAGUGGAAAUUGCUUGGAAUACCAUGAUUGCUGGUUAUGCUCGAUUUGGUGAUAUUGAAACGUGUUUUGAUUUGUUUAAGAAGAUGCUAGAGAGUUUCUGUGAAGCGGACCAUUGGACAUUUAGUGCCUUGAUGAAUGCUUGUUCCGAAUCAGAAGAAGGUUUGCCUGGUUGCUUGAUGCAUGCAUUUAUUGUGAAAAGCGGCUGGAACUCUGCAGUGGAGGUAAGUAACUCGAUUUUAAGCUUUUAUGCCAAACUGGGCUAUCAAGAAGAUGUUCUGAAGGUAUAUGAGUGCAUUGAAACUCUUACACAGGUAUCUUGGAAUGCAAUUAUUGAUGCUUACAUGAAAUUAGGAGACACCAACAAAGCAUUUCUUGUGUUUCAAUGUGCGCCUGAGAAGAGCAUUGUUUCAUGGACAUCAAUGAUCACAGGAUAUACUAGAAAUGGUGACGAAGAACAAGCUUUAAGCUUUUUCAGCGAUGCCAUGAGAACUGGUCUCCAGCCAGACAAUUUUACAUUUGGAGCUGUUCUUCACGCAUGCUCCAACUUGGCAACACUAUGGCAUGGUCAAAUGAUCCAUUGUGCUAUAAUUCACUAUGGUUUCCAUGCUUAUACUUAUGUUGGUAAUGGCCUUGUUAACAUGUAUGCUAAGUCUGGGGACAUGCAGGGAGCAAUCCAAGCAUUUAAUGAUAUUGUUGACAAGGAUUUAGUAUCCUGGAAUUCGCUGCUGUUUGCAUUUGGAUUGCAUGGGCAGGCUGCCCAGGCACUAUGGCUCUAUGAAGAAAUGACAGCAAGUGGGAUAAAGCCAGAUAAAGUGACCUUCAUCGGCCUGCUAAUGACCUGUAGCCACUCCGGACUUACAGAAAAAGGUCAGGCUCUUUUUGAAUCAAUGAGUCCAGUUCAUCAGCUUCCCCCUGAAAUUGAUCAUGUGGCGUGCAUGGUGGAUAUGCUUGCUCGAGGUGGGUACUUGAUAGAAGCAACAGAACUGGCUAACAAGUACCAAUGGAUGGAUAGUGCAAGUAUCAGCUCUCGUGAAUCUCUUUUUGGAGCAUGUUUCGCACAUGGGUAUACAGAAAUUGGAGUGAUUCUGAGUAGAGAUUUAAAACUGUUAGAGCCUCAAAAUGAGAUGAAUUAUAUACUGCUGUCAAACUUGUAUAGCGCAACUGGGCAUUGGAAAGAAGCAGAGGCAGUAAGGAAAGCAAUGGCAGAUCAAGGUGUGACAAAAAUACCUGGUUGUAGUUGGAUAGAAGUGAAAAACAAGGUGACGGCCUUUGUGGCAGGAAAGUAUUCACAUCCACUUAUUAAAGAGCUAACUGAAAUUCUGUACUUUCUUAAACAAGAAAUGAGGAAUCCUUACUCACGUCUUGUGGGAUAGAAGGUUUUUAUUUAUUUGGAGAAAAGGUAGGAACGCGAUCCAAAGCACAUUGUGGAGGAAUAGUGCCUAUUAUGCCCCCGGCACACUUGACCUAGCUCAUAACCUUUUAUUACCUCGCUGACAACAUUAUUGGUCCUCUCUACUUGAAAUUGUUACUGUAUAGCAUGGGACCACCCGAGAUUACCGAGUCUAAGAAUCAAAACCAACAACCUCGGACUCACAAAGUGAUGUUUCCAAACCCUCUUACCACUAGGCAACCACCUUUGUAGUAUAUCACCAAUAAUAAAUGAAUGUUGACUUGGAUCAUCAGAAAGACCCUCGGCAUCUUUAAUGGACGAUAGAUGUGUGGUCGUUUGUGGUUACAAUGGAGAAUGUUGUCUUGGGAUUCUUGGGGUUCACUCGAGAGGGCUCUCCAAUGCUCAAAUCAGAUGGAACAUAGGAGAGAAUAAGCAGGCUAUUAAUGAUAGAAUACUAAUGAGGCAAAAUGCUCAGAUGGGAUGAUUAAACAGGUUAUUUAUUAGGUGCCGUUAUACUGGUGGUACUCCUGUUCUGAUAGGAGUCUGACCCGAAGACUUUUGGACAAUUAUUCCCUGUUCAUCAUGUAAUAAAUGCUGGUUUCUCUAUCUCGUGUAGAUGGAUUCACGUUUAUCGUUAUCCCCUAUUUGUCCAGGACUACCUAGAGGGCUGCUCCCCUUCUCGCCACCUCUAGGGCUUGGUUGUGGUGAUUUGGUUUGGCAUUUAUUACGUCCUUGAAGCUGAGAGGUGGACCAUGCAGCCGUAUGUCCUAUAAUUAAAGGCAAAAUUUUGCUAGCUGCAAUUAGGGCAAAUCAUCCUCUUGUUGCAUUCCUUCCAGAAAUGGGCUGUUAUUGUUGAGCCACUUGAUUUAUUCUAGAAAUAGGCAUUUCCUAUUUAGUAGAUCGCCAGAAAUGUAUGGCUACACCAUUGUCUCGGAAGCGAAUAAAUGUAGAACCAGGUGGAUGCAUCCAAGACAAUCUUGCGGUUGACCCUCAUAUCAUGCCCAUCAUUGUAGUAACUGUUGAAAGAGCGCGGUAUGGAGAGCAAUGCAGAAGUGAUGUAUUCUUCUUUCAACCCAUCAGCAAGGCUUAAACCUGCAGAGUCUGUUGGUAAUGCUACAUAACGGUUUACUUCAUAUCUACAUUCUUGAAUCAAUAGAAUGUUAGUACUGCUAGCAGUUGAAGAACUGGGAAUUAUAUGCAGAGAGAAGCCACUGUGUAUUCAUUCCUUUACCAUCAUAUCUUUCUGAAACUGUUGCAUUCCAGGAGUAUGACCUUUUCUUCUUCUUUUCACUGUUUAUUCUUCCUUUUGUCCAGAUUUUUUUGCUUUUGGAAACUCUUGUUUGUUUCAGGCUGAUGACAAACAGUCUUGAGUGUAAGGAGGCUCAUGCCACUUUAUCUGGCUUUAUUAGAUGUUGAAAAGCCAUCUUGAAGUGGCUGUAGGAUUUAUGAAAUAAAUCAUUCAUGAUCUUAGUUUUCUAAUUUACUUUCUUGGUACAUGAAUGCUACUAUACUUAUGUAGAUGGUUCCUUGAACCCCUAAAUUUAUGUAUCUUGAAUUAAUUCUAAUGAGAGAGAACCCCAGUUGCCUA